GCGUCCAGGGAAGCCAAGUAACACCCAGCAAUACAAGUAAACCUGAGAGUCCAAGUAAAACCAGGAACAGUGUGUAUGUACAGAAGGUUGGCAAAUCAGAAAGACCAUCAUCAGCAUCCAUCCCAUCAAACAUUGCUAGUAGUUCAUUUGUGGUGCAAGGAGAUCAGCUGAUUGAUUCUGGUAGGAUUGAACGAGGGACAAAUAGAAGCAAGAAAUCAGACUCCCAUAGAAGCAGUAAAAGUGUGGAUGUUUCACCUCCACCAACUGCAGAAUGUAGAUUACAGGAAUUAGAAAUACAGGUUCUUAGCCUGCAACAAAAAGGUAAAGACAGUACUGACAUUACUAAAGAACUAGUGGACAAACUACAAAAACAGUUACAAGACAUACAGUCAGACAUAUUCAAGCAGACAUCAGUCACUGGCCAAGACAAAGUCGAGCCUACCAAAACCAAGGCAGUGGUGGAAUCUACUAAACCAGGGAAGACUAAAUCUAAAAACACAGUGACUAAACGAGAACUGAUGAGGGAGGUACGCAAACAAAAGGAAGAGCACAGGAAGCACAUACGUCACUUGGAAUCUGAGUUGCAUAGAUUGAAACACCGAGAGCCAAACAAAAGCUGUGAAAUUCCAGAAAAUGACAUUUUGAUCAAUGAAGCUGACUUGAUUGGUGAAGGGUCAUUUUCCCAGGUAUUUCGAGGUUACUAUCAUGGUUCAGAAGUUGCCAUUAAGAGACUCAAAACACCACUAUCUAUACAGGAUAAAAACUACUUUGCUGAAGAGGUGAAUUUACUUCGAGAGCUACGCCAUCCUAGAGUGGUGUUACUCCUAGGUGUGUGUACAUUAAGUAAACUACCACUGAUGGUAUUGGAAUUCAUGUCCAAAGGAUCUCUCUAUUCUCUUCUACAUAACUCCACUAUACCCCCACUAGAUCAUGUAUCAUAUUUCCAAGUUGCCAGAGAUGUAUGUUUAGGUAUGAAUUACUUACACAGACACAAACCAUCUGUCUUACACAUGGACUUGAAAACUAUGAAUGUACUCAUAGGAACCCAUGGCAGAGCUAAGAUUGGAGAUUUUGGAUUUUCUAAACUCAGGUAUGACUAU